GCCAUUAAAAGCACCUCUUCCUGUUUAAUAAAUUAGACUUGAGUAUAAUCAGAUUCGGUGUUUGGAUCAUGCAUAUUCUGAUUUCAGUAUUUCUUUUGGCAACAGGUACCUGUGAGGCAUUGUUUUGGCAGAAGCUGACAUGUCCUUAUGAAGUGAAGUACAAGAGCCUUCUGAGGGUUUGGUGUCAGCAGAACUCUGCCGAGUGCUGCACUGGCCUCACCUUCAGUCACAGUGAACGCUUGGUGGAUGGAGGGAAACUGAAGGUGACCCAGGAUGUGAGCUCCUUCACUGUGGAAGUGUUGGAGCCAAACCACAAACAAGGAGUGUACUGGUGUGGUUUGCUGAGCAGGAAUGGCACCAUCAUCAAGCUGGCUGAAGGCUACAUCCACAACUCUACUGCUUCAUAUAUCUGGAGUUUAAUUCGCUGGAUUCUGCUCCCUCUGCUGCCCAUAGUGACCACACUUACCCGCAUGUACCUGAAAACAACAAAAAAACACCUUUUUAAGAAAGCAGAUGGACUUUAUGACGACGUGGGCAGAGCUGUGACUGAGCAGGAGUAUGAAAAUGCAGAAUUUCUGCUGUGAAAUGCUGGCACGAGGAGCGUUGGCAGAGUCUUUACAUGUAAUGGAAUAACUGAAUUAUUCAAUCUGAAAUUCUAAUCAAUUACUGAGAAAAAACAACAGUUAAAUUGCCAAUGAAAAUGUUCAAUUCAAAUCAUUUUUUUUAAAUAGAGCAACAAUUCACAGCAGGAGUGGCUUCACAGUUCUGUAUAUUGUUAGCCAAUGACCCUACAUAUGGUUUUCACAAAAUGUCCAACUGUAAGCUGGCUAAUGUGAAGCAUAAAGUUUCUUUGCACUGUUUUGAAGCCACCAGGGGUUGAUACCUGUGGUUGUUAAAAGACAUUCUUUGGAGGUCUGUGGGGAAAUGGUCCUCGGACUUACAUACUGUUGGCACUUUUCUGAUUAGUCUGUAGACUCAGCCAUUCAUUUCGAGUCAUGCUGAAUAAAACUUCAUUUUUCUCCCAAAUUACAGAUUCUGAUUCAUGUUGAUGGUAAUAUAUUUUAAAAAGUAUUUUAUAUAUGAAGAUAGAAGUUUGCAGUCAUUAUAUAUGCUCAAAUCUUGGACCAUGAAGUUUUUUUAAAAUGGAAAAUGGAGGUAGUUAAGCAAGAAAUGUUCUAAAAAUAUGCUGUUUUGAGACGGAAUGACCAAAGAGUGUCAGCGACCUCUUCUUUAAUAUUUUUGUAAGUUUUCUCAUACAUUUUCACUUUAACUUUGGAGAACAUUCACAGAUUGUUUACAAAAGAUUUCGGCAUGCAUGUUACUCAUUCGUUUGUGAAGCAGUAUGUUAUAAAAACCUGAGCUGAGCUUUUUCACCAUCACCUUGGAUUUUGAAAGUGGAUAUAGUGAAUGAGGAAUGGAUAUGACAAUACUAUCAAAGACAUUACAUAUUUAUUGCUUGUCAACUUGUACUCUAAUAAUAAUAGGGGUGGAUUCUUAUAAUCGAUUUAUCGAUUAAAAUCGA